GUCUGUGGCCGUUCGUGACGCCGCAACGAACUUAUCCCAGUGUGUGUGUGGGAAAAGCGAGUAGGUUCUGCUCGGUACCUAGAGCCGCUGCCAUGUCGGACAACGAGGACAACUUUGAUGGAGAUGAUUUUGAUGAUGUCGAAGAGGAUGAGGGACUUGAUGAUUUGGACAAUGCAGAAGAGGAAGACCAGGAGAAUGUGGCAAUUCUUCCAGCUGGGGAAGGCCAGCAGGCCAACCAGAAACGCAUCACCACCAAUUACAUGACAAAAUAUGAGCGGGCCCGUGUGCUGGGAACUCGUGCCCUGCAAAUAGCGAUGUGUGCCCCUGUCAUGGUGGAGCUUGAAGGAGAAACGGACCCCCUACUUAUUGCCAUGAAGGAACUUAAAGCCAGAAAGAUCCCUAUAAUCAUACGACGUUACCUUCCAGACGGCAGUUAUGAGGACUGGGGGGUGGAUGAACUCAUCAUUACCGACUAAGACCUGUCGUCAGUCCUUGACUUUCCAAGCCUGAAAUCUUUGACACCAGUUUUAUUCUCUUUUGUCUUGUUGUACAUAAUUGUUUUUUAUGUAAAUGCUUUAUUUAAUAAAAACACAAAAGACCCUCA